UCCACCGUUUCCACAGUAUCCAUGAUUGUUCAGGAAAAAUAAAUUUUCAGCCUGUGUUUUCGGUGUAUUUUUGUGCAGUUCGAUCAAUUUGCGUUCUAGUCUUGCUUCGCUAUUGUUCGGCAUCAAGGAUUUGCGUUGGUAUUGUAUUUCAAGUAUUUUUUUUCCAUCGCAGAAGUGUUCAUAGUCCGUUACAAUGUCCGAUGCGGAAGAUAUUUUCGCCGACAGAUCUUCUAAUGGAAGUGACUACCACUCCUUCGGCAGCCACCAAAAGCCGAAAGAAACGAUCGAUAUCGAUGAGACGGAACCGGAGGAUGAUGAGGAAGAAAGAGCCAUCCGAGAAAGGAUGAAGAAACGACAAAGUCGUAGGAUGUCGUUUUAUCCACAGCGAACGAGCUCGGACGUCAGUUCUAGUGAGAGUGAGGACGAGGAGCAGCCGGUUUUGAACCGGGAAGCGGGGGAAGUAUCCAUUGCCAGUGACGACGAGACCAGCGAGGAAGAGCGCAUAGCUGAGACGCGUGCUCUUUCACCAACUACUCGGAUGAGCAUGUCCGGAGUUCGACCGGAGGAUUUGGAUGAUGAUGAUGAUGAUGAUGAUGACGAUGACGAUGAUAAUGUCAUCAUGAGAAGGAAAGUCAAGCGGCAUCAGAUAUCGUCGGAUGAAGAUCGUGAUGAUCACGAGGAUAGCAAACCGAACGGUGAGUCUUUUGACGAAAGUCUGUCGCUUCGUAGUUUCAAAGCGGAAUCGAGUGUGAAUCAGGGUUCAAUCAGUCCGAAGCUUUCCUCAACGGUUAUCUCUGACGAUGCUCGGAACGAUUCCAUGGGUGGACGACUUUCGCACAGCGUACGGAUGUCUAUCGAAAACAAAUUAUCGUCAACGGCUGUGGAACCGAUUGCCAGCGAUCCGAAUGGAAACGAUUCCUCUAGUAUUAUCAUACAGGAAAAAUCUGAAGAAAUUUUGUCGCUAUCCAGUGAUGAUGAACAAUCGGUCGAAAGCAAAUCCUUCCUCACGAAACAAGUAGUCUCUCAGAACUUUUACGACGGAAAAGUCCGAGAAUUGGCAGAUCUUCAGAAGAAGCUCGAAAAAAUGGGACUGCUCACGAAAUUGAAUAAAGAUCUACCGGAUAAAGGUGUUGGUUUGAAAAAAGCAACAGGCAACCUGGAGAACGAGAUUACCAAGCUCAAGAAUGAAGUAGCGAAAAUGGAGGUGCAUGAUUUGAAAGGGAUUCGGGACGAGAUACAAAAAAGCUUCGAAAGCUCGAUUGAUGCCAGUGGCCGAAUAAUGGUUGACAGUACCAACAAUUCCGUCGCUAGUAACAAUUCCAGCGUACAGUCCAUGGGAGGCGAACGCAAGUCCAGCGGCAAUAACCAGAUUAUAAACAUUUCCUGGGAUGAUAUAGAGAAGGAAGCAAAUACUAUUCAACCGAAGCACACCGGUAAGCAGGGAAUAGCCACCUUUCAAACUCAGAAAACGCUUACCAUGGACCGUUUGGCUACGCUGCACAAAUCUAUCGAGGCAUGUCCCAGCGAAGAUACGUUGGCCGAGCAGCCGAAAUUGCUGCGUAUUGAGCUGAUGAACCACCAGAGACAUGCCCUGGCCUGGAUGCUUUGGCGUGAGAAGCAGAAGCCUCGAGGAGGAAUCCUGGCCGACGAUAUGGGACUUGGUAAGACGCUCAGUAUGAUUUCGUUGAUUCUCAAAACGGCCGAGCUGGAGGAUCCGGAUAAGGAAGAGGAAGAAACCACCGAUGACGAAGCGGAAAACAACAAUAAUGGUUGGAAAGCCAAAGGCAGACGUGACUACUACGCUGGUGGAACGCUAAUCGUGUGUCCUGCUUCGCUGAUGAGGCAAUGGGAAGGCGAAAUUACCAACCGGGUGGCUAGGAACAGUUUGGCCGUGAAUGUUUACCACGGAACCAACAGGGACGUAAAACCGAGGCACCUAGCCAAAUACGAUGUUCUGAUCACGACGUACAAUAUCGUUUCCCGUGAGGUAAAAAACGAACGCCUUGGAAUUUUCGGCGUGAAUUGGGAACGAAUAAUCCUGGACGAAGCGCACAUAAUUCGGAAUCACAAAAGUGCAAUGUCUGCAGCGUGUUGUCAGUUGAGAGGCCGCUCUCGUUGGGUCCUAACUGGAACUCCCAUCCAGAACAAGGAAAUGGACAUGUACGCCCUGUUGAAGUUCCUUCGCUGUACCCCGUUCGAUGAUUUGACUCAUUGGAAGAAGUGGAUCGAUAACAAAUCUUCAGGCGGAAUGGCCCGCCUUCAAACGAUUAUGAAGUCGCUUAUGCUUCGUCGAACCAAGAAACAGCUGCACGAAAGAGGUUCUCUGCAAUGUCUCCCGGAAAAGAACAUCGAGCUGGUCGAAGUCAAGCUGGGGAAGGAAGAAAUGAACGUAUAUCAAAAGGUGCUUCUUUACUCCCGGACGCUCUUCGCCCAGUUCCUGCAUCAGAAAGUGGAGAAAGAAAACGACAUCUAUUAUGGAACGCAAGGAAAUCGGCCCACGUUCUCUCAAGCCCGCAACCCUAACGGUGCUUACGAUCGGGUGCAUCAGAAACUAAAGCAAAUGCACGCCCGAGGCGAAGUGAAACAGCAUCAGAUCCUGGUGCUGUUGCUUCGUCUCAGACAAAUCUGCUGCCAUCCGGGUCUUAUCCAACAGAUGCUCGAAGACGAAGAAGGUAAUUUCGAUGUUAGUACAUCGGAAGACGACCAACCUGAGUUGGAUUUGCUGGAACAACUGAACAAUCUCAAACUGACGGACACUUCCACCGGUGGCGAUGCAUCAAACAAUCCAACCGAAGCGAACCCCGCAUUGAACAUCAGUGGAAAUACGUCCCAAGACACGAUGGCCAUGACGAAGGCGUCCUCUAAGGUGAUGCUCCGAUCGAAUCCGGUGUUCAUUUGACAAAGGUCAGUUCAAAGAUUGCGAGGCUGCUGGAGCUGUUGGAUGAGAAAAUCCUGA